UGUUUGAAACGUUUUCGAAACACUUCUUUGUUUUUUAGAGACGGAAAUUGUUGCACUGGUUAUAUUUGGAAUGCCGAGACCCAAGAGUGUGACGUUUGUCCUCCAGGGGAACAUGGUACAAAUUGUAGCUCUCGUUGCCCGUAUCCCCUGUACGGACUCUUGUGUCUAGAGUACUGCAAAUGUAGCAGAGAUUUGUGUGAUUAUGUGUCCGGGUGUAGUGGAUCGACAACAGCCAAUUCAAAAUGCAGUCCGGGUUUUCUUGGUAAGAACUAUAGGGGCAAAUGCGCCUAUCCUUAUUACGGUGAGGAAUGUCAAGGUCAAUGUGACUGUGACAUAGACAGCUGUGAUGUCUAUACAGGGUGCAGGAACAUUCCAAGAGAAGCCAGUACAAUGGAUCGAUCAGGACAUUUUGAAGAACAAGUAAAUCACUUCAAUGAUUCUUGAUGUUGACAAUUUGUUCUUGUUUUCUUUAAUUAUUUGUUCAAUCAACUCAACGCUGAAAAAGUUAAUAUAUGUAUAUAGUUUGUCAUAACAAACGCUUGCCGAAUAUUAGUUAUAAAACAUUCUUUGUAUAAUUAUAAUUUUAUUGUAUUAUAAUUUGUCGAGGAUACAAAGACCAUUUGCAAACGGCCAUGACCUAAUAAAUCAAUGGAUAAUAAAAAAUGUUGUUGUUAAAAAGCUUCUAAACUUGAAAAUAAAGGCAUUUUUUGUUUUAAAAAAUACUCACUAUCCAUUAUACUUAA